UAUAAAUAUUAAAUAUUACACGUCAUGGAUGCCUUCGGUAACUCUGAAAUAGACAGAUUCAAAAUGUUUUCUAGCACUCCAGUGAAGGAUUAUAACAGAUCUGACGAAAAUAGCAACACAGACAACUGUUUUGCAGAUAUCUGACUCAGUGAUAUUGAACAUGAGUCUAACUCCAAAAGUCACCAGUUAAAUUUCUUAUUCAAAGAUAGCGAGAAGAGCAAUGAUGAAAUUCUAAACUUUUUGGAGGAAAACAAGUCUCCUAAAGUUCAGAAUAACAAGGAGCAGAUAGAAAUUCCUAAAAAUUCUAAUGAAAAGGAGAUCACUGAACCAAAAUAAGGUAGAUACGCAUGUUUUAAGGAUGAAAAGGAAGAAUUCACCUAGAAAAUGAAGAACUACCAAUCCAUCCGAGACAGCAUGUAUCAAAGCUAUUUCGAAUGCUCUUGAAUGCCAGAAGUUCAACAGUUAUGCUGAAUUUAAGGUCAGACAGACACUUCAGGGAUUCAUCUUAGGGUUGUAUAAAAACAACGAAUACAGACCUUUAAGCCUCCAAUAUCUGGUAGAUAAAGUUGAUGAAGUCAGAGUAUACCUUAAACGGAGAAAUAAGUUCUACAACCUUCAUUUCUCAAUCAAGAAAUCUGUUAUUGGAGCUUUGCAUUCCAUGAAGCUAUUUAAGAAAAUUGGGAAAGAUUUAUGGCAGAUAGACAGAAAAGCCAUUGAGUUUGAGGAAAACUUGAUUAAUAAACAACUGAAAAUGGAACAGACAGGGAUUGAAGCUACUGAUGUAAAGAAGGAGAAAUUAGAACAAGAAGACCAACCAUCACAAUUAAGCAGUCUUAUAGACCAAGUUUAUAAUAACGAAGACCCUGAGAAACAAAAGAGAGAAUUAGUUGAGAAAUUUGAAACGAUGUACCAAAGGCUUGGUGGUCCAAUGAACAUUGAUAACCCAUUUGAAGGAGUUAGCCCAGAUGAUGAUAUUUCGGUUCUCUGGAAAAAGCUAGGAAAUAAUCAGAUGCUUGGCAUUCUUCAUUCCUUUAUCCUUCUCAGACCGAUCAUCAAGGAUGCAAUUGAAAGAGAAGAGCAAGGAGUAAUAGAGAAGGAAACUGAGAACUCUAACAUCGAAUCUAAACUACUCAACGACAUGGCUAUGAAAGUUGAUUUCCUAAGUAACAUGGUAAACUCAGUUGCCUCUCGUGUUAAUACCACCGACUAAUUACCUUACACCCCUAACAAUACCUUCAAUUUCUUUAAA